AUGCAAACCGACUCCAAUACAAGAUGUGUAAAUGAUAUUGCAAGUUCAAAUUGUAGAUUUGAAUCAUCAUCUAUGCUUGCAAGAGUAAAGUUUCUGAAAUCACGAGACCCAGGCUAUGAUUAUUCAGCGCCUUCCUCACCCGGCAAGUACGACUUCAACUACGCUGUCAAGGACGACUACUCUAACAACAACUACGGUCACCAGGAGGAUCGCAAUGGCUAUGGUGCCCAGGGUUCCUACUACGUCCUCCUUCCCGACGGUCGUCUGCAGAAGGUCACCUACUCCGUCAACGGCGACUCUGGCUUCGUGGCCGAGGUCAGCUACGAGGGAGAGGCCCAUUACGCGGCUCCACAGCCUUCCUACAAGCCGACCCCUUCAUACGCUUAAACGAUUUCUUCGGCAGGGAAUCGUCCAACAAGCCCUCUCCUUACGAAAUGCACGACAGACCGCAGUAUUAUUUAUUGCUUGUAUAACUUUUGUAAAUAAGUAUAUUUAAAAAUAUAUGUAAUGCUCAUAA